UGCAGGCAAGAUGGCGGAGGAUGGAUCUGUUAGUGCUGAGAGUUUACAGGAGAAACUGAUCCGAGAGCUGCAGGCCGAGCACGUGGAAGUGCAGGACACGUCUCCCAAUCACUGCUCUACAAGCUUCAAAGUGCUGGUGGUGUCACCGCUGUUUGAGGGGAAAGCUCUGCUGCAGAGACACAGGCUGGUGAAUGGGUGUCUGGCCGAGGAGCUGAAAGUGAUUCACGCAUUUGAACAGAAGACUCUGACUCCGGCUCAGUGGGAACAAGAGAAGCAGAAAUGACUCUUCCCAGACUCAUGGGCCCCAACGUGUGUCCCCCCCCUCAGCUCAGAGACUCGAGUGCCCCCCACAGACCCAGGAAUGAUCAUCACUUAGUGAGACGUCUCUUUCAGACUGGGGGGCUGCUGUGUGACUUGUGGGUACAAAUAGUAAAGGGCAAAUAAACUCCAUUCCACUUGG